AUAUAUAUAUAUAUACACGUAUAUAUAUACAUAUAUAUAUGUGCGAAUAGUCGGGAGAAGAAAGCGCGUCCGGUUCGUGUUUUGUCCUUUAACGUGUGUUGUUUUCUUCGGGAUAUCCGGUUUCAGAAGAAGAAAACAUAGUGGAUACUACAUAGUGAUCGCCAAUGCAUUCUUCCUGAUUCCAAGGUGGAUCAGCUAAAGAUAAGAACGAGAAGGAACUGCGAGAUGACGUGAUACGCCAAUGGUGCCGGCGUAUUAACGCGGAUCCGUUCCUCUUCCCUUGAUAACGGAGGUCAUCGUUGAGUGUCACGGGAUGCGACCCGGGCACCCCGGGACGUCUUCUGGACGGAUUCGAAAGGCUGACGAUCUCUCGACCAGGCUAUCCUGACGGUCACGACCGAUUCAUUUCUCUAUAUUUUUCAUUCGGUCCUCGGAGGAAGAGGACACGGUUAAAUUCACAGAGGAAGAUUUAUACGGAGAUUUAACAAUCCAGUAUCGUCCAGGUGUUGAUCGGAAAGACAUCUCGGGAAAACCAACAGGAUGACAACGAUACAGAGUUGUGGCGGCAGUUCAUCAAAAUGCGCGAAGCGUGCCUUCGUCUUCGUGUUCGCUUGGGGACUGCUGAUGAUCGCGGUGGUACAGUUUCGUCACUUGGAAAACAGAGUUUUGCGUCAGGACAGUGGUCCCACGGCCGAGGACGGCAACCUGGUGGAGGUCGGUAGCAUCAACAACGAUCGAGGUGCGAGUCGAGAUUCUUCAGGGAGUUUGAGUCUAUCCCGAAUUCUCUUGGAAAGGUCGUCACUGAGCGAUUUUACCAACUUUGGCGGCGGCAACGGCCCUCUGCUGACCACCCUAACUACUCUUAAAAACCGUUUAGAAGCGACGAUAAAUCCGCUCGAGCUGGAACCUUUGCUAGAUAAAAGACCUGCCAAGACCGAACAGCAAUUAAUCGAGGAGAUCGCCGAAAGAAUACCGAGUUUACCGCUGAGCGAUUGGUCCAAAAAUAGCAAACUGACAAAACGGAGCAAUGAGAGCUGCGCUAAAUACCCACAGAUCUACGAUUUAGAAUUCAAUAAUAUCUAUUGGCAAACGUUGCGAACUAAUAAUGGCACGUUUCAAUUUUUCGGUGCUUUUUACGACAAUCGGAAAUUAUCCAAGAUUGGGCCGGCAGUAAGGAUCGUUAGCAUGAUCGAUCGGAUUGAACCAAUCGUGAAGACGUAUUGUCAAUUAUGGUACGAAGGCGAGAAUGAGCCCAAGAUUGUCGAGACGCUCGAAUACAAGUACAUAUGGUAUCCUAAAUGGGGCAAUUACAAGCAGGGCAUUUAUCAGCCAUACGUGAUAGCAUGUAGGGUGCCACCACAAACGUACGGUAAGCCACCGUCGUCCAUCUCCAUAGUGGAGAAACGUUGCGACACGGCCACCAACCAUCUCCGCGUAAUUUACAACAAGCCCAAACGUAAAAAGGACUUUGCAGUGUGCGUAAAGGGUCUGGACUUUCUGCACGAGGAUCUGUCGGUUCGACUAGUUGAAUGGAUCGAGCUGAUCAGCCUGUUGGGUGCUGACAAAAUCUACUUUUACGAGCUGCAGGUGCACCCGAACGUGACCAAGGUGCUGCGGCAUUAUCAGCGUCUGGGUAUGGCGCAUGUGACCCCAUUGACCCUGCCCGGCGGACAGCCUAACGUACCCGCCUUCCAGCACAUGUAUCUCACGAAGAAAACCAAUCACAAGCGACAAAAUGAACUAAUACCUUACAACGAUUGUUUGUAUAAGCACAUGUAUGAGUAUGAGUAUAUCGCACUGUUGGACGUCGACGAAGUGAUUAUGCCCGUGAAGGACGCGACCUGGCAAGAGCUGAUGCACCGGGUAUUGCCCAAGGCCCUACAAAUACGGAACGAGACCCGUGCCUCGUACAACGUCAGAAACGUCUACUUCCUCGACGACCUACUGCACUCUCAUGGUUACUUCAAGGACAUACCCAAGUAUAUGCACAUGCUUCAACACGUGUAUCGUUCGAAGAAUUUUACGAAACCAAAUCAAUACAUCAAGUGCUUCCAUAAUCCAGAACGAGUGGUCACUCUGCACAACCAUUUUCCCCUGGCAUGUCUGGGUGCUGGAUGCACCAGUUAUCCUAUCGAGACCGAGGAUGCGCAACUACAGCAUUAUCGCGCCGAUUGCGUGCGAUCGUUAAAGAAAACAUGCGUGGAAUAUCGAGAGAAUAGUGUGGUAGACACGACGAUAUGGCGUUACAAGGAUAAGCUAAUCAACAGAGUCACCGACACCCUGAAAACUCUCGGCUUCUUCGGGUCGAGAUAGCGUCAGAGAUUGAUCUCCCUCUUUUUUUACUUUCGUUUCUUUCUCUCUCUCGUGAAGAUUUGAUCGGUUGAGAAGCGAUGAAUCUAUCAGCGGGAGGUAAUUGCCGGUGGGACUUGAUCAGAGAUUUAAUUGAACAGAUAAUAGGGAUUGGUGUAACCGAUAGAGUGGAUUCAUUUCUAGUGACAGCGUAAUACCGCGUCUUUUAUUUCUAUGUGUUGUUGCGUGCGUGUGUGAAAAGAGCGUGGAUCGAUAACCUUUGUCUGAUGAUAGUGCUGUCAGUAUAUAUAUAAGUAUAUAGUCGUGUCUUGAACGACAAAUAUUCUCAGCCUUAUUAAAUAAGGUUAUCAAUCAAGAACAUUAUUUGACUUGAGACCGGAACAAUUGAUCGUUUGUGAAUUAAUUUAAUAUAGAAAUUCAUUAUAUCGCCUAAAGUAAAGUAGCGUAUAUAAAAAACGGGAUUUAAUUUUUUAAGUUUUUUAAGCACACGCACAGUCUUUAUUAAAGUUGAUUCAAUUCUAAUAAAAAAAUUAUCGAGCAAAUCCAUAUUCUAAAUCUUAGCUGAAUAAAGUCGCAAGCAAUUUAUGAUGAGAAAUUAUUAUAGUCAAUUUAUGCCAGUCCUAUUAACACGAUAAUUUUCAGGCAUCCAUUAGCCCGCGAAAUGAAAAUUAUCUCUAGGCUGAGCGUAAUUGCAGUUUGAUUUGUAUCGACAACGAUACGCAAAUUUUUGAUUCGAAUGGCAAAUUGAGUGACCGGAUUAUAUUCGUAAGAAAACUGCAGUAUUCUUUUUCUUCAUUUUUUGUAAAUAAUUUCUCUCAUAUAAGUCUUAUAUAUGCUCAAUAUGAAAUAUCAGUUUGCGAUUGAUCGAUAGCCAUAGCGAAUAAGUGCAAUGUAUUAGUAGACGGAUUAUAUUUGGAUACAAUAUACGGAUUACACGUAACAUUAAAUUUAAUAAAAGUUAACGCGGACUUUUAAAGUUGCAUUUAACAAAGCGUAUAAAGAAAUUAUAUAAAAGAAAAAUGAAGGCGCGAAAUUAUUAGUUACAUUAUAGGUGUGUUAUGCCGAAAAUAUAUUUAGACAAUUACAAUAAAAUAUAUAAAAAUUUUUUUAAUGUCUAAUCGAGACAUUAAAAUUAUGUUUUGGAAUGGUACUAAAAGGUAUUGACACAUACCAUUCCGACGACUGAAAUGCUGUGAGGUGUAUAAGCAUCAAUAUUGUAAAGACUAUUUUUGAUUUAACCAGUUUUCCGCAAUCACGAAGCAGUUUGAUUUUUGUAAAUUUUUAGUACAAAAAUUAAAAUGAAACUGUUUCAAUUUUUAUCGCACUUGAUAAGAGAGAAAAUGAAUAAAGAAAAUAUUAUGGUCAGUAUGGUACAAACUGCGUUAUGGGAGCGCACUAUCAGCGUUAUUGUGCCAUUUUAAUUUUAUUGUUCAUUAGACAUAAAACAAGGAAAGAAUAACACAAUAGCGCUGAUAACUUCCCGUACGUAAUCAUGGUUCUAUAUUUAUUUCAAUUUUGAUUGGUAUUAGAAU